AUGCGCGAACUUCGAGAGAACCGUCGGGCGCAAAUUGACGAUAGUCACAUGUACAUCCUAACUCGGUUAGAGGAAGAAUUUGGCGUAUCACCUCAAACGGCUUCCGAGUGGCUUCUUGAUGUGGGUCAACUCGAAGCAAUAGACGACUUUCUAGAACCCAACAACGCUAAAGUUCUGAUGGUCACCUACACAGAUCAGAAUUUAAAUAUUCAGAGCCUUGCUAAAGAAGCUUUCAAAAUUCAGAAGAAAUUGUUUCGUGGAACCAAGAGAUACCUUUUCCAUAAUGGUCAGCUUCCAUUUAAGACCGAAACCUUCGUAUUCAUGCGCGUAUCUUUCGAUGGCCUUCUGAAUAGCAAUAAUAUCAGCUCAGAAACGUUCACUUGCAAACUUGAUCCAAAAGCUGGUUUCUUGAUCCCCAUGUUUGACUAUCUCAGGAAAUUUAUCUAUCCUGGCGUUGAAGUUCAGGCGUCUAAUCUUCAACAGCUAACCCCCAAACAGCACGCGGACUUCUGUGACUAUCUGAAAAAAUAUUUGAAAAGUCUUCAAACCAUCAUUGAUUGUUCCCAAGAGCGAAUUUCGCUCCCACCAAAUACACUACACGAUCAAGCCAAUUCAGAAGACACAGAAGGUCUCAUAGAAUUGUCAAAGACCCCUGAGGGUCUUGGUCACCUUGAGGAGAAUGCCAGCGCUUGGAUGAAAAAGAUAUACGCAGAAGUGAAAGCCACAGAACUACUUCACGUUCAAACUGCAAACACUGGUCCUGAAAGUGAAUUCAACUUCUGGAAGCGUCAGAUGACUCGAAUUAAUUCUUUGGUAGAGGAAUUAAACCGACCGGAUAUCAGGAAAGCCUGGAAGGAACUAGAUACGAAAUUGAAGCAUGCUAAUGCUGAAGCAACCGGAAAUGUGCAAUACCUUCAUACAAUUGAGAACUUGUGUGCACCACUAUGGACAACUGAUAUUAAAACUAUGAUAUCCUGGAUGCCGAAUUUAAUGAAGUCACUUAAACUGCUCUUUCAAUGUUCUCCCUUUUAUAACACACAUUCACAUAUUACUGUUCUACUGGUCAAGAUAACCAAUCAGAUAAUUGCAACUUGCAAGCAACUACUGACAGAAAACGGGACAAAAUCAAUAUGGGAACAGGAUAGUGACGAGAUGAUAUCACGAAUGACUGAUUGCAUUGAAGUCAACCGAGCCUAUCAGGCAGCCUAUCAGACGACUCGGAAAGGGAUGAUUGAUUCCAAUGAGAAGCGGAUAUUCAACUUUUCCGAAGUCCAAACUUUUGGGAAUUUGAAUCUCUUUACCCAACGUCUAGAUUACCUGAUCAGAGUGCUCAAAACUCUCAAGCAAUAUUCAGUACUUCACGAAUUUGUUCUCGAAGGCAAGGAGCCGAUGAUAGCCAAGCUGGAUCGUUUAAAAUCAUCCAUCAUCUCCAAACCAUACGACUACCUUGAUCAUCGAAAUUCUAAGUUUGAAGCCGAUUAUGACGACUUUAAGGAAAAAGUUGCAGAAAUUCACGAAAUGCUCCUUAAUAUAAUCAGCGCCAAUUUCGCCAAACCAAAUAGUUUAAUGAAUGCGGUUCGCUUGCAAGAACGCCUAGAAACUCUUAAUAUUCCCAAUCUCGAGCAUGAAACUCGUUAUCUUCAAAUAUGCGAGAAAUUAAUGCAAGAAAUAGCUAGUGUGACAAAACAAUUCGAGUCGAAUUACGUGAAUCCGCCAUUGGCUCGCAAUAUGCCAUACUUUGCUGGUAGAAUUGCUUGGGCCAGAAAUUUGUACCGAAGGCUUGAGGAGCCUAUGGAUGCUAUCUGUACUAAGGUACCCAAAUUACUUGCAACCAAAGAAGGUCAAGAACUUGUAUCCGCUUACAACAUGGCAUCAGCAAAGAUAGUUGGUUAUGAGAUUUCUGCCUAUUCAACGUGGACUAAAUUGGUUCUCAGAAAUUUGAAUGGCCUUUCAGCUUCUCUAAUUGUUUUCAAUAAUCAGCCAUCGCCGUUUGGACGAUUUAUCGUUAAUUUGGACCCAGAUAUUAUUAAUCUUCUUCGUGAGGUCUUUGUGAUGGAUAAGUUGCAGUGUCCAAUACCAUCGUUUGCAAGGGAAGAAUUUCUAAUCUCAAAAUAUAUUAAGCAGAAUUAUGAGCAACUCAAGUUUAUGUGCGAUAGAUAUUCGAAGAUAACACAAUCGAUUCCCGAGCGGUAUCGAACCUUGAUAAUUCCUACUAUGAUGAGAGUCAAUCGUGCCAUAGAACCAGGAUUGUAUCUUCACAAUUGGAAUAGCACAAACAUCAUGAGCUAUAUCAAUGCAAGUUACCUGUUUUAUUUUCAGAAUGUUCUUAAAGAACUGUCUGACUUGGAACGUCUGGUGAAACAAGUUAUCGAUAUAUCCGUUAAGCGAAUUGAUAAGACCUUGACAGAAUUGAGUCAAACACCAAUACUGCAGUUACCAGGACCCGAUGAACAGACCCCAGAGUUAUUUGAUCUAUUACGUCUUGCCAAAGAUCAAAUUGAUACGGCAGCCGAUUCAAUGAAUAGCCUCACAAUCACUGCACUCAAAUCAACUGUCGAUAUGCUCAAUAUUCUACUAACUGAUUAUGAUAAAUUUGUGGAUGAUAAUAAUUUGUCAGAUAUUAUUAAUGAGGAGGUCCAACUUCGCUAUGCACAUAUGGCAAACCAAGAACAGAAUGGUCCAGGUCAUGUUAAACGUCCUAGAAAUCAAGAAGGUGAUGCUGAUGGGCAGACAGCAGCAAGAGCUUCUGAUCACCAUCUCCCCCCUGAAGUUCACGAUUCACUGAGGACUGCAAUUGAAGUUGCCAUGGCUGCAGAUCAAAUGAUGAAAAAUUUGGGUGCCCGUGCGACAGAAGCUGUAUGCCAGUCGGUGAGAAUAGCUCUCGAUACAAUCUUGGAAAGACUUUCUGUAACAGAAGCUGCGGGUAUUCUCAAGGAUGUCCCCAUGGGAAUGAAGGUCAUGUCAGGAAAUAUUCGUCCCCAACCUCUGGUACGAUGCUAUGUUCGUCUAAUCGGAUCUCAAGUGGACAUAUCGCCUCGUCCAGCAGAUAUACAAACAGCUCUAAGAAGCAUCGUCGGGUGUAUUGAGAAGAGUUGUAAAGGGGUACUGGCUUGGGGUACUGACGGACGUAAGCGCGAAGUCAAUGAAAGAACGCUAACUGACGCACCGGAUCCUAGUAUUUUGUAUUAUGAACCUACGGCAAUAACGGUUGCUAGCAUCUCUCAAAUGUCCACUGAGGAUAGGCGUUCGACUGGUAAUAUAGUGAGUUCAGCCAGCAGCACGGCAACAGAAGGGGCUGAGGUUGAAAGCGUGACUCUACAACCAGUUCGAUCCUCAGCUCCUUCUGCCUCAACUUUGGGUGGGGAAGAUGAAGUCACUCCAGACUCCCAAGGUCCCAUAGAAUUUCAUUCGAAGAGAAAGAGAAGUUCACGAAUCUCCACGCUUGCCCAGGAGAUAAAUGGAAUGUUGGAAACGGAUAACAGACUUCGUUUCAAUACCUAUAAGGAUGUUCAUGCCGAUAGAGAAAUCUAUCGUCUAAGGAACUUCAUUGCCACGGGCUUGCGACAAAUGAGGAAUAUCGUUUUCCAACGUGAUGGUUAUAUUUAUGAGACGGAGACCUUGACGUCAUAUCUUGAUCAAUUCAGUAACAUCUAUAAGUGUGAUGUGGAGAAGGAGCUAGAAGCAUUCAUGGCUUCUCAACCAUCCUUAGAUGACUUCCAGCAGAAGUUUAUGGACUUACAGAAAAUUGAUGAACGUAUUGAAAGAGAGCCAGAUUAUUACAUCGUUGGAGCUCUUUAUGUCGGGUUAGAAGAUUUCAAGCGGAAGAUUAGAGCCACUCUCAAUAAUCUAAAGAAGGCGUAUGUACAAGCCUUCAUCUCCGAAUUCCUUUCUUCAUUGGACGAAAUUCAAAAUCAAAUCAAUGAAUGGAAUCAGAAUCUCGGGAAGAAUGUUAUUAAUCUGGAUGAUAUUGCAUUCAUCAUGUCUACAUUGGCUAGUAUCCGGGAGAAUGACAUCGACCAAGAUUUGGCUCUUAAGCAGUUUGAGGAUGCAACAAGUCUUGCACUGAAGUACAAAAUGCCUUUUCCAAAGGAGUUGGCAGAUAGAGUGGAAUCCUGCCGAGAUGCUUAUAUUCGUAUCAAGGAAAAGGCCAAUCAAAAGCUUAAUUAUAUUCUCAACAUUCAGGCCGGAUAUAAGGAUGGUUUGUUGGAUGAUAUUGAGGCCUUGAAAGAAACAGUCGCGGAAUUCGAGAAAGACUACGACGAGAAAGGUCCUAUGAUACCGGGUCUUCCUCCACAAGUUGCACUAGACAGACAAAUUCAAUUCAAAAACCGGCAUGAAAAUAUCACACGAAAAAUGGUGACAGCUCGCAAAGGUGAACAACUCUUCGGUCUUCCUAUUACCGACUAUUCCAGAUUAAAUGAAAUCGGCAAAGAACUGGACCUUCUUCAGCGACUCUAUGGACUAUAUAACGAAGUCAAUAAAACUGUCAGUGGAUAUUAUGAUAUUAUCUGGCGUGAUGUGAAUAUGGAGAAGAUUGCUGCGGACUUGGAAGAAUUUCAAAAGAAAUGUAAGCGUCUGCCCAAGGGUCUGAAGUCUUGGCCAGCAUAUGCAGAUCUGGAGAAAACCAUCAACAAUUUCAAUGAAAAGGUUCCCCUUCUAGAAAUGAUGACCAAUAAAGCUAUGAAACCUCGACAUUGGCAGCGUCUUACUAACCUCUUAAACUACAACUUUGAUGUGGAAUCUGAGAGCUUCACUCUGAAGACCAUGUUGGAUGCACCAUUGUUGGAUUUGAAGGAUGAUGUGGAAGAUAUUUGCAUUUCCGCCGUUAGAGAAAAGGAAAUUGAAGCUAAACUCAAUGGUGUAAUAGCCGACUGGAAUCAGCAAGAAUUAAAGUUAUCUACGUUUAAAUCCCGAGGUGAACUACUAUUAAAAGGAGAUCGUGUUGCUGAAAUUAUCCCAAUGUUGGAAGACUCGCUUAUGGUCCUUGGUUCACUGUUGGGCAACAGGUAUAAUGCUCCUUUCCGAAAGCCUAUUCAAGAAUGGGUUCAGAAACUAAGCGUCACCAGCGAGGUACUGGAGAACUGGAUGCGUGUUCAAAAUCUCUGGAUCUACCUCGAAGCCGUGUUCGUCGGUGGUGACAUUGCCAAACAACUGCCACAGGAAGCCAAACAGUUCCAGUCUGUUGAUAAAUCUUGGGUGAAGGUAAUGGAAAGAGCCCGUGAUAACCCUGGCGUAAUUGCUUGUUGUUCUGGAGAAAGCAAUCUAUUAGAGAUCCUUCCACGUCUGCUCAAGCAGCUUGAAGUCUGCCAGAAAUCUCUCUCAGGUUACCUAGAAAAGAAACGUCUCAAAUUCCCCCGAUUCUUCUUCGUGUCUGAUCCAGUACUUCUUGAAAUCUUGGGUCAAGCUUCUGAUCCAACUGCUAUCCAACCUCAUCUAUUGGCCAUUUUCGAUAAUACCAAACGUGUUCUGUUUGAUGGAAAUGCGACUGAUAUCCUUGCUGCUUUUUCGAGGGAAGAUGAGAGAUUGAACAUGUGCACUCCUGUGAAAUGCGAGGGUCAAGUAGAGAGUUGGUUGAGUACACUUCUAGAUACAAGUCGGGUGUCACUCCACAUUUGUAUCCGGAACGCAUACCACCUGAUCAUGGAUCCUUCUGGUGACCUCAUCGAAUUUUUCACCACUCAGCUGGCUCAGAUCGGUAUAAUUGGCUUGCAGAUUAUCUGGACUAUGGAUGCCACCAUGGCACUAAAGCAAGCAAGAAUAGAACCCAAAGUCAUGGUAAAAACGAACAAGCACUUUCUGGAAGUUCUCAACUUAUUGAUAAACGAAACCACUAGGGAUUUGUCCUCUGUUCAACGAACUAAGUUUGAAACACUGAUUACUAUUAUGGUUCACCAGAGAGAUAUAUUCGAUGAUUUGGUGAAAAUGGGAAUCAAGUCGCCAGAUGACUUUGAAUGGACUAAACAAACUCGUACUUACUAUAAUGAGGAAGUGGAUAGCUGUGUGAUUUCCAUCACAGAUGUUAACUUUGCCUAUCAAAAUGAGUUUCUUGGAUGUACAGAGCGUUUGGUAAUAACACCACUGACUGAUCGUUGCUAUAUCACCUUGAGUCAGGCUCUCAAUAUGCACUUGGGUGGCGCUCCAGCCGGUCCAGCUGGUACAGGCAAAACAGAAACAACAAAAGAUAUGGGUCGAUGUUUGGGCAAGUACGUGGUGGUUUUCAACUGUUCUGAUCAAAUGGAUUUCCGCGGUCUCGGACGCAUUUUUAAAGGCCUUGCCCAAUCUGGAUCAUGGGGGUGUUUUGACGAGUUCAAUAGAAUUGAGCUGCCAGUACUAUCAGUCGCUGCUCAACAGAUUGCAAUUGUUCUCAAUGCUAAGCGAGAAGGUUUAUUUUCCUUCAUUUUUACUGAUGGCGAUGAAGUGUCGCUUGAUCCAGAGUUUGGAAUUUUCUUAACUAUGAAUCCUGGCUACGCAGGUCGUCAAGAGUUACCGGAAAACCUAAAAAUAAAUUUCCGAAGCGUUGCCAUGAUGGUACCUGAUAGGCAGAUAAUUAUUCGAGUCAAACUGGCUGCUUGUGGAUUUGUGGACAAUAUUAUUUUGUCAAGAAAGUUCUUUGUGCUCUAUAAGCUUUGUGAGGAACAGCUGACCAAGCAAGUUCACUAUGACUUUGGUUUACGGAACAUUCUCUCCGUCUUACGAACACUUGGAGCUGCUCGUCGUAGAAAUCCAAAUGAAAGUGAGGACCACACUGUUAUGCGUGGCCUUCGAGACAUGAAUCUAUCCAAACUGGUGGAUCAAGAUGAACCACUCUUCACUUCUCUAAUUGAUGAUCUUUUCCCUGGAACAGAACUUGAGAAAGCCUCCUACCCAGAGCUUCAGAAAGCCAUUGAAAAUGUUACUUCUCAGUCUAAUCUCGUAAACCAUCCCGAAUGGAACCUUAAAGUCGUUCAGCUGUAUGAAACACAAAAUGUCCGUCAUGGAAUGAUGGUUCUAGGACCUUCUGGAGCUGGAAAAACCACUUGCAUCAGGACUCUCAUGUCAGCUAUGACUGAGUUCUGGGAGCCACAUCGUGAAAUGCGAAUGAAUCCCAAAGCUAUCACCGCUUCGGAAAUGUUUGGCCGUUUAGAUGUUGCGACAAAUGACUGGACAGACGGCAUCUUCUCCACUCUUUGGCGUAGAACUCAGAAAAAAAAGCCGACUGACCAUAUCUGGCUUAUUUUGGAUGGACCUGUCGAUACUAUUUGGAUUGAAAAUCUCAAUUCUGUAUUAGAUGAUAAUCAAACUUUAACUCUAGCAAAUGGUGAUCGUAUUCCUAUGGCUCAAAACACAAAGCUUAUCUUCGAAGUUCAUAAUAUUGAUAAUGCCUCACCCGCUACUGUUUCUCGAAAUGGAAUGGUCUUUAUGUCGAGUUCUGUACUCGAAUGGGAACCCAUUUCAAAAGCUAGACUUAAUAAUCGACCACACAGGGAAAAACAGAGGUUGCAGGAACUUUUUGAAAAUUCUUUUCCCCACUGUUAUCGGUUUGCUUCCCAAUCUCUUUCUGCUGUAAUGCCAUAUCUCCAGGCCUUUUUCGUGCACCAGCUCUGCACAAUAUUGGAUGGGCUAUUCACAAACGAAAAUCAGCAGGCUGACAUGGAGAAAUGUCUUGAAAGAUUUUACAUCUUUGCCUUGAUGUGGUCGAUUGGUGCUUUGCUUGAGUUGGAUGAUCGAGAACGCUUGGAAAAGUUCAUGCGAACGGAACUAGAUAUAAAACUUGAUCUUCCGAUAGUGGAUGAAACGAAAUCAGAAACGAUUUUCGAGUAUUUUGUUGAUAAUAAUGGAAAUUGGGUUCAUUGGUCAAAUAGAGUUGAGGAUUACCUCUAUCCAACGGAUAAAGAUCCAAAAUAUUCAAGUAUCCUCGUUCCUAAUGUUGAUAACGUACGAACGGAUUACCUUAUCAGACUUGUUGCAAAGCAGGAGAAGGCAGUUUUGUUAACCGGUGAACAAGGGACAGCGAAAACGAUCAUGCUAACUAAUUUUAUGACGAGCUUCCCUAAGGAAACGCAUACUGUAAAGUCAUUCAACUUCUCAUCAGCUACAACGCCAAAUCUCUUUCAGAGAACCAUAGAAAGUUUUGUGGAAAAGAGAGUUGGGACAACUUAUGGCCCACCAGCUGGAAAGAAAAUGAUCGUAUUCGUAGAUGAUAUUAGCAUGCCGCUAAUCAAUGAAUGGGGAGAUCAGGUGGCAAAUGAAAUCGUUCGACAGACGAUGGAAAUGAAUGGUUUUUACAGUUUAGACAAGCCUGGAGAAUUUACAAACAUAGCAGACGUCCAAUUUCUUGCGGCCAUGAUUCAUCCAGGCGGAGGUCGAAAUGACAUUCCAGAGAGGUUAAAACGUCAGUUUGCAUGUUUCAACAGCACUCUUCCGAGUAACAGCUCUAUCGAUAAAAUCUUCAGCACUAUUGGAUUGGGACAUUACUGUCGAGAGAGAGGUUUUUCAGAGGAAGUGAUCAACACUAUUCGAGACCUCGUUCCUGUCAUUCGAAGAAUUUGGCAGCAGACAAAAGUAAAGAUGCUUCCCACCCCAGCUAAAUUCCAUUAUAUUUUCAAUCUUCGAGAUCUUAGCCGAAUUUGGCAAGGUAUGAUCUAUGGAACGAGUGAAGUUUUUACUUCACCCGAUCUUAUUAUAAAAUUGUGCAAGCAUGAAAUGACUCGAGUGAUCGCUGACCGAUUUGUUGAUCCAUCCGACUUGAUAUGGUUUGAGAAUAACUUUGACCACAGUAUGGAAGAAAUGCUGGGUCCUGAGAUUGCCUCUUAUGCUGCAAAUGAAACACUCUUUGUCGACUUCAUGCGAGAUCCACCGGAAGCUACGGGUGAUGAACCCGAGGAUUUCGAUUUUUCUGCACCGAAGGUCUACGAACCCGUUACCGAUUUGAGCGUACUGGUCAGCAAACUCAAUCAAUUCUUGAACGAGCGAAAGGAAACAGUGCGAGGUGCACCACUAGAUAUUGUUUUCUUCAGAGAUGCUGUAAUGCACCUUGUGAAGGUGUCUCGAAUUAUUCGUACUCCAAGGGGAAAUUGCUUACUCGUGGGUGUCGGUGGCUCUGGAAAACGAUCGACUACACGUCUUGCCUCGUAUAUUGCUGGCUAUGAAGAUUUCAACAUCGUCCUAACGAGGUCGUACAAUGUGAGCGACUUUCUUGAAGACCUUCGAACUCUGUACCGUAAGGCAGGGCUGGAAGGUAGUGGUGUAACCUUUAUCUUUACGGACUCUGAUGUAAAAGAGGAGGCCUUCCUUGAGUACAUGAAUAACAUGCUAACUUCUGGAAUGGCAAGUUUGAAAGAGAAUAUUGAUGAGAUCCUUAAUUCCCUAAUUCCAGUAAUGAAGAAGGAGUUUCCUCGUCUUCCACCGGAUAAUGAAACCCUCUAUGAUUACUUCCUUCAACGUAUUCAAAAGAAUCUUCACAUUUGUCUCUGUUUCUCACCAAUUGGCGAACGUUUUCGCAAAUGGGCCCUUUACUUCCCUGGUCUAAUUUCCGGUUGUACGAUAGAUUGGCUUCAUCAAUGGCCUAAAGAUGCUCUGGUUGCUGUUGCCCAACAUUAUCUUGGAAACUUUAACAUUGAGACAACUCCUACAGUAAAGAAAUGCCUUAUUGAUAUUGUUGCAUCUGUACAUGAUGAUGUUACUUUCAGAUGCGAUCAGUACUUCGUUCGCUAUCGUCGUACAGUUCAUGUUACUCCUAAGUCGUAUAUAUCCUUCCUCAGCGGAUAUAUCAGAAUAUACAAUCAGCAACUUUCUCAUAUUCAGGCUCUGAUUAAUCGACUGUCCUCUGGGCUGCAGAAACUUGAUGAGGCUCAGGAGUCUAUCGUUAAACUGAGCGCUGAGUUGGUUGAAAAGAGAAAGGAAAUAGAGAUUGCCAAUAUUGAAGCUGAGGAGGUAUUAGCGGAUGUUUUAAAGCAAACUCAAGCUGCUGAAGAAGUUAAGGACAAAGUUCUGGUUGUGAAAGACAAAUGUGAGACUAUUGUGAACGGAAUUUCAGAGGAUAAGGUCAUAGCGGAAGAGAAGCUCGAAGCAGCUAGACCUGCUUUAGAAGAAGCUGAAGCAGCUUUAAAUACCAUCAAACCGACCGAUAUUUCCACUGUUCGAAAGCUAGCAAAACCACCACACCUGAUCAUGCGUAUAAUGGACUGUGUAUUGAUUCUCUUUCAGCGUCCACUUUUAAGUUUCCAAGAGGAUCAAGAACGAAAAGGAUGUAUAAAACCCUCAUGGCAUGAAUCUCUGAAGCUUUUAGCCAAUACUAACUUCCUAGCUAACCUGUUAAACUUCCCCCGUGAUUAUAUAACAGAGGAAACUAUUGAUUUGAUGGAGCCUUACUUCUUGGUAGAUGAUUAUAACCUGGAGACAGCGAAGAAGGUUUGUGGUAACGUCGCUGGUUUGUGUGCUUGGACUAAAGCUAUGGCGAAGUUCUACUGGAUUAACAGAGAAGUCAUUCCAUUAAAGGACAACUUGACAAAACAGGAGAUAAAAUUGAAUGCAGCUAAAGAAGACUUAGCCAAGGCAGAAGAAGCCCUGCAAGAGAAAGAAAGACAGUUGGGGAUUGUUCGUGCCCUCUUUGAAAGGGCAACAGCAAGAAAGAAAGAACUGGCAGAUGAUGCUGAGUCUUGUCAAAGACGUAUUGCUACAGCGACGACAUUGAUUGAAGGCCUCUCAGGAGAGAAAGUUAGAUGGACUGAGGAGACUCGAACUCUUAGUGACCAAAUUAUCCGACUUGUUGGAGACGUCCUGAUGGCAACUGCUUUCCUUUCCUACUGUGGAUGUUUUAACCAAGACUUUAGAACCACUAUCAUCAACUCCUGGAUUAAGAGUUUGGUGAAAAUGAAGAUACCUCAUACGCCUAAUCUUGAUCUUAUCAAUAUGCUGACAGAUGAUAACACAAUUGCUGAAUGGAAUCUGGAAGGCUUGCCCAAUGACGAUCUAUCAACUCAAAAUGCGAUCAUUGUGACUCAGGCGUCAAGAUAUCCGUUACUAAUUGAUCCUCAGAGCCAGGGCAAAAACUGGGUCACAAAACACGAGGCUGCGAAUAAAAUGAUGGUAACAACUUUCGAACAUCGCUACUUCCGAACACACUUAGAGGAUGCUCUUUCCCAAGGCCGUCCCCUUCUUAUUGAAGACGUCGGUGUAGACCUAGAUCCAGUUCUCAAUGAUAUUCUUGACAAGAACUUCCUCAAAUCUGGCACUGGAUUAAAAGUGAACGUUGGAGAUAAAGAGGUAGACAUUAGCAAAGGCUUUACGCUCUAUAUUACAACCAAGUUGCCCAAUCCUGCCUACAGUCCUGAAGUGUUUGCUAGAGCAUCUCUAAUUGAUUUCGCUGUCACUACCAAGGGUCUCGAAGAUCAGCUAUUAUCUCGGGUUAUCAAAACAGAGAAAGAAGAACUCGAGCAAAUGAGAAUUAACCUCGUAGAGCAAAUGACAGCGAACAAGCGUCGUAUUAUUGAACUUGAGGACAAUCUUUUGCAACGUUUGGCUAGUACAGAAGGUUCACUGGUAGAUGAUCAGGGUUUAGUAGACGUUCUGCAGACUACAAAAGAAACCUCACUCGAAGUCUCGGAACAAAUUGCUUUGGCUCAAGACACAGAGACAGAAAUUACUACAGCUCGUGAGGAAUACCGUCCAGUUGCUGCAAGGGGUUCUCUCCUCUACUUCCUUCUGGUCGAAGUUUCCGGAGUAAAUCCAAUGUACCAGACUGGUUUGAACCGAUUCUUGAAACUUUUCGAUGCGUCCAUGACGCUGUCGGAAAAAACUUUAAUUACACCGAGACGAAUUAGUAAUAUCAUUGAUUAUAUGACGUACAGUGUGUGGUCCUUUGCCGUGCGAGGUAUGUUCAAGCUAGACAAGACGAUGACAACACUUAUGUUGGCACUUCGAAUCGAUUUGCAAAACAAGGCAAUAGGACAUGAAGAAUUUAUGGUCUUUAUUCAGGGUGGAUCCGCACUUGAUCUCAAGAUGUGUCCUCCAAAACCGGGAAAGUGGAUCUCAGAUCUAACAUGGUUGAACUUAGUAGCCCUUUCUAAGCUGACAGAGUUCAAUAACAUCAUCCAACAGGUUACUACAAUGGAGAAGCAAUGGCGGCAGUGGUUCGAUAAGGAAGCACCAGAAGAUGAGGUUAUUCCUUGUGGUUAUGAGCAUACUCUUGAUGUCUUCGGACGUCUCCUGCUCAUCCGUGCUUGGUGCCCUGAUCGAGCUCUACAACAGGCCAGGAAGUACAUCAUACAUACCCUCGAUCAGGCCUAUAUUGAAGAUAUUCCCGUCAACGUGAGAGACUUGUCUUACGAAGCGGACUCAAAGACACCAUUGAUUGGUCUACUCAGUAUGGGAGCCGAUCCAACACCCUCCAUCGAGCAAGCGGCAAGGAAAUUGAGGAUCAACCUUGGCAUUGUCUCAAUGGGUCAGGGUCAAGAGGUCUACGCUCGACGUCUACUCAAAGCUGCAGUUUCAGAAGGCUCCUGGGUUCUUCUGCAGAAUUGUCAUCUUUGCACUGAUUAUGUUCAAGAGAUUUUUGAGAUGUUCUCUAGUGUGAAGGAGACUACAUCGAAAGAAGGGAAUAAAGGAGAAAAUGAGGGGGAAGGAGUGAUUUCACAAGACUCUUCAUUUGUUCACGAUCGAUUCAGGCUUUGGAUGACUACAGAGGAACACAAGAAAUUCCCAAUAAAUUUCCUUCAAAUAGCAAUCAAAUUCACUAACGAACCCCCUGAAGGCAUUAAAGCGAACCUCUCUCGCAGAUACCUUGGUGUUACCCAAGACUUCUUGGAAAUUUGCGUCACAUAUCACUGGCGUAUUAUGUUGUACGCGUUAGCAUAUCUUCACUGCACUAUCCAAGAGAGACGCAAAUAUGGUCCUUUAGGAUGGUGUAUUCCUUAUGAAUUCAAUCAGUCAGACUUCAACGCAAGUGUGACCUUCAUUCAGAAUCACCUGGAUAGCUUGCAGUUCAGGAAGGGUCAGAAGACUAGUGGAAUUGAUUGGAAGAGCGUUUGCUACAUGAUUGCAGAGAUUCAGUACGGUGGCAGAGUAACUGAUGACUACGACCUUCGAUUGCUUGACUGUCUCACUCGAAACUACUUCCAAGAGGCUAUGUUCACACCGGGUUUCAAAAUGGUUGAGCACUAUACAAUUCCCCUAUUCAACACUGUUGGAGAAUAUAUGGAUCACAUAAAAAAUGGUCUCCCACGAAGGGAUAGUCCAGAAGCUUUCGGUCUGCAUAUGAAUGCAGAUAUCAACUACUCUACUCAAACUACCCGUUAUAUUCUUGAGACGAUUGUCUCCAUUCAGCCCAAAGAUGAAUCAGGAGAUUCAGGGGAGACAGAAGGAACUGCUCACAAAGCCCCGGAAACUCGUGAAGUUGUGGUUCAUCGAAUCUGCACAGAGAUGUUGGCUAAACUACCACCUCCUUAUGUACCCUACCAAGUGCAAGAACGAUUAAGAGCUCUUGGAGCGUUGAAACCCAUGAAUAUUUUCUUGAGACAGGAGGUUCAAAGAAUGGACAAGGUGAUCAAAAUGGUACUCGAUACACUUUCAGACCUUCGCUUGGCAAUUGAUGGUACUGUUGUAAUGAAUGAAGACUUGAGAGAAGGGUUGGAUUCCAUUUAUGAUGCUAGAGUCCCUUCUUCUUGGACCAAGAAUUCUUGGGACUCCUCAACCCUAGGAUUCUGGUUCACUGAGCUUCUCGAACGAAACGCUCAAUUCUCAACGUGGUUAGAGAAGGGAAGGCCAUCAAGUUUUUGGAUGACAGGUUUCUUCAAUCCUCAAGGAUUCUUGACAGCUAUGCGUCAGGAGAUUAGUCGCUCUCAUGAAGGGUGGUCUCUCGAUUCCGCAGUGCUUUCUAGUCAGGUUACAAAGUUCAAUGCGGACGAAAUUCACGAAUCUCCGUCAGAGGGCGUUUAUGUCUGCGGACUUUUUAUAGAAGGCGCCUCGUGGGACCGCAAGGUUGGACGAUUGAUCGAAGCCCGCCCGAAAAUUCUCUAUGAGCCUAUGCCUGUGGUGUAUUUGUUUGCUAUACAGGAGAAAAGGAAGGCAGUGGCUGAAGCUAGGGCAACCUAUAAUUGUCCACUAUAUAGGAAACCUAAGAGGACGGGACUCACUUAUGUGACUUCAUUGGAGUUGAACUGCACGAAGAAUCCAGAUCAUUGGAUUAAGCGAUCGGUGGCACUUCUAUGUGAUACCAAAUAA